AUGGCCGACUCAAAGAAAGCCCCGGCCGUUGAUGGCUUUCGCUCACAGCCCUACGAUGGGUUCAACAGCGAUGAGAGACCUAUUGAUACCGACAACGGGAGUACCGUCGAUGCGCAAAACUUUGCAUUUACCGAGGAUCGAAAGAUUGGCGUUACAGGCGCUGUCUUUCUGAUUCUUAACAAGAUGAUUGGAACAGGAAUCUUCUCCACGCCAUCGGGUAUUUUCGCAGCUACCGGAUCCGUGGGCGUAUGUCUCAUGCUAUGGAUCAUCGGUGGCUUCUUGACCUUUUGCGGUCUUAGCGUCUUUCUCGAGUUUGGACUUGCAAUUCCUAGAUCUGGCGGCGAGAAGAAUUAUCUUGAGAGAGUUUAUCGACACCCAAAAUACUUGGCUACUUGUGUUUUGGCAAGCCAGAUGAUCCUUCUUGGCUUUUCCUCGGGUAACUCUCUUGCUUUUGGAAGGUACAUUCUCUUCGCGGCGGGGAAGGAAACGCCCGACGGGUGGGAAGCUCGAGGUAUAGCUGUUGCAUGCGUCAGCUUUUCCGUUCUUCUUCACAGCACGCUUCCAAAAUGGGGUGUACGACUCUUCAACGUCCUCGGCGUUUUCAAAGUCGUGAUCCUUCUGUUCAUUGUUUUCUCAGGCUUUGCAGCCCUUGCAGGGCAUCGUCGCGUCCCAAAUCCUCACAAUUUCGACAAUGCCUUCCGUAUUGAAGAUGGAGACGGUUAUGGCGGCGGUGGCGCAUACGCAUACUCCAACGCUCUCCUAAACAUUAUCUACAGCUACAAAGGUUGGGAAAACGCAAACUACGUCCUCGGCGAAUUGAAAAAUCCGAGGAAAACCCUUGCCGUCGCAGCACCCAUCGCCAUCGGAGGCGUAACAAUUCUAUACGUGCUCGCAAACGUGGCUUAUUUCGCAGCCAUCCCCAAAUCCGACCUUGCAAAGUCUGAAGCUAUCGUCGCGGGCCUGUUCUUCAGGAACGUUUUCGGCGAGAGCGCUGCGGCGAGAAGUCUGCCUGCUUUUGUGGCGUUGAGCAAUCUGGGCAAUGUUCUGGCUGUUUCGUUUGCCCAUUCGAGAGUGAACCAGGAGCUGGCUAAAGAGGGUAUGCUACCGUUCAGUCGCUUUUGGGCAUCCAACAAGCCUUUCAACUCACCGGCUCCGUCUUUGUUUCUUCAUUGGCUUGUCACUGUUGUGGUUCUCCUUGCACCACCCGCUGGUCCGGCCUACAACUUCAUCGUCAGCUUGUACACAUACCCUGGCUCCUGGAUCAACGGCUUCGUCACGGCCGGUCUGAUCUACCUACACUUCAGCAAAUCCGAGAACUGGACAUCACCAUGGCACACAUACCUCCCCAUCUCAGUGCUCUACCUCCUUGCCAACAUCUUCCUCGCUUUCGUACCAUUCAUCCCGCCUGAUGGUGACUGGAACGCCGAUGGAUAUCCGUACUACGUCUUUCCUGUUGUUGGCGUUGGUGUUUUGAUUCUCGGUGCUGUUUACUGGGUAUUCUGGACUAAGAUUCUCCCGAUGAUUGGAGGAUACAAAGUUGUUGCUGAUAGGACGUUCGAUGAUGCUGGUGUUGAGACGGUCAGGUACCGAAAGGUUCCUGUUCAUCACACUUCCAUAAUGAGCUCCAAAGCAAGUUCCUCCUCCGAUCCUAGCGGGCCCUGCUACAUCAACGAUAUCAAGAUCUACCACAAUGGCCUACCCGGCUCUUUCCGUAUCGAGAGCGAUAAUCUGGACGUCCGACUGAAAGCCAGGGUAAACUCCAAUGGCAACAUUUCCAAUAUUGACUUCAGAAAUCGCAAGGGAGAGCACCCUAAGGACUACAUACUUGUGGACCAACGGGGAUAUCUUAACUUUAAGGGAGAUGCGAGACUUGCACAGGUUGUUAUCGUGAUCAUGGGUCUUGCUUGUGAGGCUGUUGGUGUGCCAGAACGUGUUUCUAUACAGGUUAGAUCUGAAAUUGGCAACCAAGAAGCGAGUAUGAGAUAA